AUGUGGUUUAAAAGAGAUGAAAAACAGAAUGUCGUUGACAACAACAGCGACUCAAACUCCCUUAACGAAAAGGUUAUCAACAAAAGAUCAAAUGAAGAGCAAGAAUUAUUUACUGAUUCAAGUAGUGUCAACACUGACAAAGCUUCUAGUGUAGAUGGUCCCGGUUCAACCAAGAGGACAUUGUACAACAGGCAUUUGCAACUAAUAGCCAUUGGUGGCUCUAUAGGUACUGGUUUAUUUGUUACCAUUGGUACUACGGGUUUAGUUAAUGGUGGACCACUAGGUCUACUCCUAUCAUAUAGCAUAUCGACAUUGUUGGUUCUUUUGCUAACUACUGCCACGGGAGAAAUGGUGCUGUACAUGCCAGUAGAUUCGCCAUUUUUGAAUAUGGCAGGUCGUGUAAUUGAUCCUGCUUUUGAAGCGGCCGCUUCGGUCAAUUUUUGGGCAAUGCAGAGUCUUUAUAUCCCCACUGAAAUUACUGCUGUCAAUAAUAUAAUCCAUUUUUGGCGUGAUGAUUACUCGCCAGCAAUCACUUUUGUUAUUCAAAUUGUCAUAUACGCCAUUAUCAAUAUGUAUGCAGUUCGUGUGUUUGGUGAAUGCGAGUUUUGGUUUUCGUUGGCUAAAUUGACGCUUUGUAUUGGGUUAUUGUUUUUCACAUUGAUUACCAUGUGUGGUGGGAACCCUCAACAUGACGCUUUUGGUUUCAGAAAUUGGCAUGUUGCGGGUGGUCCCAUUGGAAUGAAGUAUGCAACGGGGAGUUUGGGCCGAUUUCAAGGAUUUUUGGCUUCGCUUAGAUUAUCAAGUUCCUUCACUUGUGUUGGUAGUGAAUACGUAAGUAUGACAGCUGGUGAAUGUGUUAAUCCUAGAGCUAACAUGGCCAUUGCUUUUAGGACUGUGUUGUACCGUUUGGUGGCAUUUUACCUUGGUGGUGCUUUAUCAGUUUCCAUUUUGAUUGCCUACAAUGAUCCCAAGUACGUUUCGUUGACAUCUGAUAGUUCAAAUGCUGCUUCUUCGCCAUAUGUUGUCGCUAUGCAAAACAUGGGAAUUCUGGUGCUACCGCACAUUGUCAAUGCAGUUGUGCUAACUGCGGCAUUUUCAGCUGGUUGUUCAUAUACUUAUACAUCCUCAAGAUGUUUGUACAACUUAGCCAAAAAGGGAUUUGUUCCUAAAUUCUUCAAAAUCUGUACCAAGAAAGGUAUCCCCAUCUAUUGCGUCAUUUUAUCAUGCUGUUUCGCCUUAUUGUCGUUGUUACAAUUGGGAAGUUCCGGAACCAAAGCUUUGAACUUCAUGUUCAAUUUGGUUACUGGUGCACAAAUUCUCAACUACGGAUUCAUGGGCUUCACUUAUAUUGGAUUUUACCAUGCAGUAAAAGCACAAGGAAUUGAUCGGACGAAAUUCACCUAUAGAUCUUGGUUCCAGCCAUAUUCCAUCUAUUUCACCACAUUCAUAUACUGGUGUAUUAUUGGAUGUUUGGGAUACCAAGUGUUUUUGCCAGGUAGGUGGUCAGUUGACGAUUUCUUGUUUAGUUAUGUCAUGAUUUUUGUCUCGUUAGCAGUUUUCAUUGUCUGGAAGUUGGUAAAGAAGACCAAGUUUAUUAAACCCAUUGAUGCUGAUUUGACAACCGGUCUUGAUGAAAUCGAGGCUCAUGAGGCCGAAUUCAAUGCACAAUUUGAGGAGAGCAGUGAAGCUGAAAAUAAGAGCAGAUGGAAGAGUUACAUGAAUUGGAUAUUCUAA